AUGGCGUCCUCGGGGCUCCUCUUGACCGGUGUCUCCUUCGCUGCCUUCCGGGGGAUGCACUGGGGGCUGCGGCUGCUGCCGGCGCCGGGAUCUGCUGCUCCGGACCGUUGGAAGUGGCGGAAUAUCUGUGUCUCCCUGGUGCACAGCCUGCUCAUGGGGCCUGGGGCGCUGCUCGGGCUGUUGAUAUACCCCCAGAUGGCCGCUGACCCCAUCCACGGCCACCCGCCCUGGGCCUUGGUGCUGGUGGCUGUAUCUGUGGGUUAUUUCUUGGCUGAUGGAGCUGACAUGCUGUGGAACCAGACCUUGGGCCAGGCCUGGGAUCUUCUCUGUCACCAUUUGGUGGUAGUGAGCUGCCUCAGCACCGCCAUUCUGUCCAGUCAUUAUGUGGGCUUCUCUGUGGUGUCUCUGCUCAUAGAGCUGAACUCUUCCUGCCUGCACCUAAGAAAGUUGCUGCUGCUUUCUCACCAGACUCCAUCCUUGGCCUUCAGUGUGGCCAGCUGGGCCACCCUGGCCACCCUGGUCCUCUUCCGCCUGAUUCCAAUUGGGUGGAUGAGUCUGUGGUUGAUCCAGCAGCACCAUCAGGUGCCUCCUGCUCUGGUUGUCCUUGGUGGCACUGGGCUGGCCAUUGUGGGAACCAUGAGCAUUUUAAUGGGUGUUCGCAUUUUUGUCAAUGAUGUCCUGCGGUCUCGGCCUCAUUCAUCCAUCCCUAGGCACAAGGAAACCAGGGGCACCGGGACAUGUGAUAGUGAGCCUGGGGCUAAAAGACUAGAGAGAAGCCUCAGGUUCCUCUUCUGCCAGUCUUGGGGAGGUAGGACCAGGACAAGGAGAUAG